UUGUCUGUUUACAUUAUAAAUAAUCCAUAAUACGAGCCAUCAACAACACCAUCAUUCAGUAUCCAUCUUCUGAUCUCCUUCACUGGUCGACGUCAGUUGCUCUCUGCUCUUUUAGCUCUCUCUUGUGUUUCUUUGAUACCCAUUUGUAACAAAAACAAGUUGAAACUAGUCCUUUUAUUCAGGCCCUCUAGAGGAGCUUCUCUGGGUUUUGUUUCUAAAAGUUAAUUUUAGCACUCAAGCUUAAAAAUAUGGGAGUUGAAGGCACUUUGGAAUAUCUUUCUGAUUUACUAAGCAGUGUUAAAAAGAAGAAGAAGAAGCAAACACAAACAGUGGCACUUAAAAUCAGGAUGGACUGUGAAGGCUGUGCCCGGAAGGUCAAGAGUGUUCUCUCGGGGGUAAAAGGAGCAAAAUCGGUGGACGUGGACUUGAAGCAACAGAAGGCGACUGUAACUGGAUAUGUUGAGCCAAAGAAGGUGUUGCAAGCGGCCAAGUCGACGAAGAAGAAGGUGGAGCUGUGGCCUUACGUACCCUAUACUCUUGUGGCAAAUCCUUACGUUUCUCAGGCUUAUGACAAGAAGGCACCUGCUAAUCUCGUGAGGGCCGUUCCAGCCGCAGCAACCGUUUCUGAGACGACGCUGGAUGACAAUUACACCACCAUGUUCAGCGAUGAAAAUCCUAAUGCUUGUUCAAUCAUGUGAAUAUAUAUAUAAAAUACAUGUACGCCUGUAUUUGCACCCAAGAAUAAAUGAAAUCGCUAGUAAUUGUGAGAAAAUAGUUUGAAAUAGUGAGCAAACAUAUUUAAGCUUUGGCUAUGAGGUAGUUUCUAUUUUUCAAUUCAGUUGAGGACGCCUAAUAAUUUG